CGGUCCUAGGCCCGCCUCAGCUGUCAAGCCGACCUGUCACUGCCUGCAGGACCGAGCCCUUCCGAGCCCUCUGCCAGGCCCCGGGCCUGCAGCACCACUGAGAUGGUUGGCAGCCGGCCCCGCAACCCCAGCGCCGCCUAUCCUGAGGACUGGUGCGGCCCACAGCCCGGAGGACCUGGCCCUGCCAAGCGCCGACGAACCCAGGAGCCUGCGGACCCCGGGUUCGAGGCGGUGCCCGGCCUGGACAACCAGACAGGGCCCCUGGCUUCUGGCACACUCAUCUCCGUGGUGUUCCUUGACGCCGGCUGUGCCCUGAACCUGACCCUGGACGACGUCGACGUGCUGCUAGAGCCCGAGCCCACGUCUGUGAUGCAAGUAUCUCUCGGGGAUCACCUCCUCAUGCUUGUCCCCGGAGCCCUCCUCGAACUCCUGGGAGGGCCAGCCCAUUCGGCUCUUGCAUUAGAACAAAGUGCUGUCCUGAGCUCUCCAGGGGAGGAGGACAUCGACCUUGAGGAGGGAUUCUUUUAUGGAUCUGUCCUAGAGAUCGCUGCCCAGGAAGAGGUCUAUGAGGAGGACUCAGGCGCCCAGUUCCUGCCAGCUGAGAUGGAUGCUGCAGCCAGCUCAGUUGCGGGGCUCUACGUCUCCCCUGGAAGGGCUUCUGAUGGCGACGUGGUGGGCCUAGUUCCACAACCCUCGCCCUGGGGUCCCAACCCUAGUCCUGAGAGACGCUCUCCUCACCAUGACGCAGAGCUGGGCCUCUACUUUGCAGAGCCUUUCCCCGACUCAGCACUCCAACCUCUCCCCCCUUCUCUUUCUCGAGGUCUUCAUGAGCGCCCCCAACGCCCUUAUGGCCCUCGGCGAAAGGCCCAGAAAUGCCUGUUCCAGGAAUGA